GUUCAGAGACGCAGCACAACAAAGACCAUCGGAGAUCAUCAGAGAGUUCAGACACGGUCAGGACUCAGGAGGGGUAUAAUCGAGCUGAGGUAAGAUCGACCAUGGUGCUGGGCUUGGGCGGAUGCUGUGGUGGUGUCGCCGUCGACGACGGAAGGAGGGUGUCGCCUGCUGCGAAGGAGGCCCCAGAAGGAGAAGGCCAUCCGGAGGCUGAGAAGCAGCAGCAUCGGGUGGUACAAGAGGAGAAGAUGAAGAAGGGAGGUGAGCCGGGCAAGAUCGCUGCAGCAGGGAAGGAGAGGAAGAAGAGGGAUCAUCAGAAGGACCCACCCAUCGUGAUGGUGCAUCAGUUCCCCUUCCACUCGCGCCCCAGCUUGCUCUGAAUUCAUCAAUUCAUUCUUGAUUUCGAGGGGGUGCUGGUAGUGGUCUAGUUGUACUCCUGGUUGUCUUUUGGUGUCUUUGGAAGAUCAGUGGUGUAAUUCUUUAGUUCUUUUGUUUUGCCGCCGCCCGUCUGGAAAUCUAUAAAAAUGCAUUUUUGGAUACAA